GCACAGCAAGACCCUGUCUCAAAAAAUCAAAAGCCAACAAGCCCACAAAAUCCUCAAAGAGAUGUGAAAAACAUUCCCUUUUUUCCUUUGAGUUUUGCCUUCUGCUGAAUGUUUAUUUGAUCCCUAACAUCAGCACUACAUAAUUGCAUAAUCUUCUCUUGGUUACUUAUUCAGAGUAUCCUCCUAAAUGACUAAAAACUGUCCUUCUGCAAGCACUUUAAUCACAAAAAUAUUUGAUUAAACAUUAUAGAGUUUGGCUUUUAGAGGCUGAGAAAACCCUUGCUUUUUAAAAGGGAACAUUCAUAAACAUGAAGAUUUUCCAGAUAAAAUAAAAAAUAACCUAAAAUACACUCUGGUUUAAGAUCUGGAAUGUCGGUGUGGGGAGAUGAAAGACAAUUUUCUGUUGACUUUAUUUUUAUUUUUUUGGUAUGUGGAGGGUGGGGCAGAGGAAGGAAAUGGGAAUAGAAAAAUUGAAGUAUCCUGGUAAUUUUCUAAGAGACUCAAGAAUCAUUUCCAAAAUGCAGUAAGAAAAAUGUUUUAUCAAAAAUUACUAAUAAAUAUAUACAUCUCUUGUGGGAGGUGUCUGAAAUUAAGAUAAGCAGGUAUCAAAAAACAAAAUGAAGCUGGGUUAGCUCAGUGGUUCUGCCGCCUGUCUCACAAGCCCAAGGUCCUGAGUUUGAUCCCCAGUACCAAAAAAAAAAUGUACAGGCUGAAUUUGGGGAAAAUUGCCACAUGUGCGUGUAAAUAAAGGAUUAAAUCCAUGGCCAAAUACAGGCACUGUGCUCUACCACUGAGCUAUGCCCCAAGCUCGCUCCAUUACUUGUGGGACGAAAUGUAUAUUCCUUUUCCAAAAUGAGCAAGUCUUAAGAGUCUCCUGAGGAACUCGAGACACGUGUAUUGGAAUUCUGGAGUCCUAUCUCCUAGCUCUGAGCACAGUCACCGAAAGGAUUUUCUCCUUGGUUUACUCAACAAUUACUUUUGACCCCACAGUGGAAAAAAAAAAAAAAAUCUGCCUUUUGAGGAACAGUGGGCGGGGGCGGGCCUGAGGCGCUCUCAAAUUUCAGCCUCUCCUCUUCUUCUCGGGAAGUAAAGUCCACCAACGGAGCGCGUAAACUAGCUCUGCCCUCCCUCUACAAUGCUCACUUGUUUUCACAGGGCAGCGGAAUGAAAUGCCUUAGAAAAACAGUAAUAUUCUAAUAAUAUCACUUAUUUUUGCUCCUAAAUUGCCUUGACUGUGAGACUCCUUUGCCGAAAACAUCAAAGGAAACAUCAUGCUGAAGAGAGCUAGGAAGGCCCGAUCUGACAAUCAAACCCUGGAUGGAGGAUGGGGAUGGAUGAUUGUGCUUCACUUUUUUCUGUCUUUCAAGAAGAGUUUGAAGGUACCUCAGAGCAAAUUGGUUGGAUUGGAUCCAUUAUGUCUUCACUUCGUUUUUCUGCAGGUCCUCUGGCAGCUAUUAUUUGUGAACUGCUCGGAGAGAAAGCUACCUCCAUUCUUGGGACAUUGCUUGUUGCUGGUGGCUAUGUGAUCAGCAGCUGGGCCACAAGCAUUCCCUUUCUUUGUGUGACUAUGGGACUUUUACCUGGUUUGGGUUCUGCGUUCUUGUACCAAGUAGCUGCUGUGGUAACUACCAAAUACUUCAAAAAACGAUUGGCUCUUGCUACUGCUAUUGCCCGUUCUGGGAUGGGACUGACAUUUCUAUUGGCCCCCUUUACAAAAUUCCUGAUAGAUCUUUAUGACUGGACAGGUGCCCUUAUAUUAUUUGGAGCUAUUGCAUUGAAUUUGGUGCCUUCCAGUAUGCUCUUAAGACCUAUCCAUAUCAAAAGUGAGAACAAUUCUGAUAUUAAAGUUAGCAAUUUGUCUGCAAGUGGUCCAGAGGCACAGUGUGGGACAGAAACAUCACACUGUAAUGACACACAAGAGUUUUUCAUCAAGGACAAUACUAUGCAGAAAGCUGCACAACCUGAUAAAAUUUCAACAGUUUCACAAAAUCAAAGUGAAGAGUUCAACAGUGGGCCUAACAGGAACAAACUGUUAAUGAAUGAUGAAGAAAGUUGUAAGAAAAAGGCUAUUUCAUGGAGUUCUGAAGAGAAACUCUUUGACAUUUCUCUUUUGAGGAAUCCUUUCUUCUGGAUAUUUACCUGUUCUUUUCUCCUCAGUCAGUUGGCAUAUUUCAUCCCUACUUUUCACCUGGUUGCCAGAGCCAAAACACUGGGGAUUGAUAUCAUGGAUGCCUCCUACCUUGUUUCUGUGGCUGGUAUCAUUGAGACAGUCAGCCAGCUUAUUUCUGGAUGGGUUGCUGAUCAAAACUGGAUCAGGAAGUACCAGUACCACAAAUCUUACCUCAUCUUCUGUGGCAUCACUAACUUGCUUGCUCCUUUAGCCACCACAUUUCCUCUACUUAUGACCUAUACCAUCUUCUUUGCCAUUUUUGCUGGUGGUUACCUGGCACUGAUACUUCCUGUACUGGUUGAUCUGUCUAAGAAUUCUAGAGUACACAGGUUUUUGGGACUUGCUGGUUUCUUUGCUGGGAUGGCUGUGCUUGCUGGACCUCCUAUAGCAGGCUGGUUAUAUGACUAUAUGGAGACAUACACCGGCUCUUUCUACUUCUCGGGAACAUGCUAUCUCCUCUCCUCACUCUCCUUUUUCUUUGUACCACUGGCUGAGAGGUGGAAAAGCAAACAGUUACCAGAAGGAAAGAGGACUACAAUCAAGUGAAAGUUUAACGAAAGAAAAUUUAAAUUAGUAAGUUUUUAGAAAUAAAAGCUUGGAAGAAGAUUCCUUGUUUGUAAAAUGAAAAGGUAAACAAGAUAGUUUUUAUGUUCCUCCUUGUUUUAGCAUUCUGAGUGAGGAAUAUCUGUCCUGGUAGUAACAGUAACAGCAAAUUAGUUAAAGCAACUACCUUAGGUAUUAAAUGAAAGGCAAAGUGUACUAUAAUAAAUUAAUCCAAACUCUCAAUUAUGCCUUAUUCAAUCACUAAAUUGAAGAAUCUUUUUUUAAUUUACAGAAAUAGUAAAUAUAGCCACUGGUUGACUAGAACUUGGAAUUUGAAUGAAUACUCAAACUUUGGUUAGUGAUUGGAAUGGUAUACACUUCCCCAAAAGUUCAUCUUUAUUGAUAAGAUCUAAUUUUCUUUGUAUUACCUUGUUUUUAAAUUUCUAUGAUAAACAUGUAUUGCCAUGUAACAAAAAAUAAAAAUUGCUAAAAAAAAAAAACCCCACAAAACCUUUAACAUGUUCUUAAUGGUAUUCCUAAACAAUGUCACUACUGUCCCAUCUAAACAACAUUUACUUUUUCACUACAUUUGAUUAUCAAAAAAUUUAUGUUAAAUAUCUAGAUGUCUCUUAAGAACUACAAGUUUCAUGUAAAAGUUGAAUAGGUGAUUUUAAUGGGAAAUAUAUUUAAAUUAAAAGAUGUUUAUUAUAUAUGA